AUGGGCAUUGACGUCAAGUCCAUCAUCUCGCAGGCGUACACAAACGUGACUGUGCCUGGCAAGAACCUAACGUCCGGCCUCCCGAUGACUUGCAACAUCACCUACGGCAACGAAACACAAACCCUAGCAGCUAUUCUCAAGAUCGGCGACGCGACAUACCGUGUCAACACUAAUGUUGACCUGAGGUUCAUGCCUAGUGUGGUGACCAUUGGCUUCUCCGGUGCUACCGGCGCAGCAGACGAGUUAUAUCAAAUAAUGUCCUGGAAAUUUCGCUCCACCUUCAACCCGCAUGCACGGAAGAGCUCUGAGAGCCCCCCUCCUGCACCAAAGAUCCUGCUAGUAGAGGUAAUAACUGGACCAAUUAUUGGAGUUAUUGCAAUUGUGUGCAUCUUUGUUGGCAUCCGUCGAUGGCAACUAUGCACGAGAAAGAAGCGUUACAGAUCUCUCGCCGGGGGCAUUGGACAUAUUGGUUACCGUAAGUUGGCCCAUGCGGCCAACAAAUUCGCAGAGGAAAACAAGCUAGGGCAAGGAGGUUCUGCCUCUGUUUAUCGGGGCGAACUGACAAAUCCAAGUAGAGCAGUGGCAAUAAAGAGAUUCAACCCCGCAACAUCUAGCGAGGGGAGGAAGGCGUUCGAGGACGAACUCAGGAUUGCCACUCGCCUCAGGCAUAGGAACCUUGUCGAAUUGAUAGGUUGGUGCUAUUAUGGCCAGAGAUACUUGGUUGAGUUUAUAUGCUGGUGGCGGGACGAUAGGUAUACACGUCUCUUCCUUGUGUACGAGCUUUUACCGCAAGGUAGCCUUGAUCAACACUUACACGAGGGCAAACGUUGGUUGCCAUGGUCCAAGAGGUACGAUAUCAUCCUGGACCUAGGAUCUGCACUGCAAUACCUCCAUGUAGAUUGCGAGCAACACAAGCAAUGUGUCGUACAUGGUGAUAUCAAAUCAAGCAACAUGCUGCUUGACCCUUCGUACAGUGCCAAGUUAGGUGACUUUGGAUUGGCAAGGUCUGUUCACCAAGAAACUGGGGCACAGACCACUGACGUUGUCCAGAGCACUUACGGGUAUAUAGACCCUGUGUUUGUCAACACGAGCCAACGAAAUAGGCAGUCAGACAUCUACAAUUUCGGCAUUGUCCUACUAGAGAUGGUCUCUGGAAGGGACCCCACGGCGCGUCUCAAUGAUAGGCCUCCAUUGACAUCAUGGGUAAGGAGUUUGUACCAUGGGAAUGCACUCCUUGAGGCCGCAGAUGUCAGGCUGAUAGGUGGCGAGUCCAUUGUCGGGCGACAGCAGAUGAAGCGUGCGCUACUAGUCGGGCUCUUGUGCGUGCACCAGGAUCUUAGCAGCCGGCCGUCCAUCAUGGACACCAUGGAUGCCCUGCGAUCGGAGAGGCUGGAAUCGGACAUCACUCCCCUAGCGCCGGUGAUACCACUCUUGAUGCCAUAG